AUGAUGAGAUCAGGCUUCAAACGAAAGGCUGAUUAUAACGGGGAAAAACAGGUGGUUAGCGUUAGCCGCGACGAUACGCAGCCGGUCGAUGAUUUGAUUGAUACGCAAGACACGCAGAGCUCCAAACCAUAUGCGAAAUUGAUUGCAGUCCGCAAUGGAGUCAUUAAUAUUGAAUUAUUCGAGAAAACGUUCUCAUGCGGAAGAGGCGGCUACGAAUUUCCGGUGAAUUACAGUUUCUCGGCGUUGGCAAGUGAUAAAGGCCUUUAUAAGUAUAUUUCAAAACUUCAAUUCACAAUAAUAAGGGAUUUUGAGACGGGCGUCACCAAACUGUUCGAUUAUUCGCGAAAUGGGACCCUGGUGAACCAUGAAAUGGUUGGAAACAAUAAUUGCGUCGAAUUGUCGAACGGCGAUUUGAUUAGCAUCGGUAUACCGAGAUUGAUUGUUUUCGUGUACGAAGACACGACGGUGAACGCGUUUCCCGACGAAUUGACCCGAAAAUACCAUGUGACGAAUCAUUCGCUGGGAAAAGGCGGCUAUGGGAAAGUGCUGCUCGGUUACAAGAAGCAUGACAAGUCUGUGGUUGCUGUUAAGCAGGUCAACACGCAAUUCUCAGUGCGAUGCAGUCGAGCGAUCGCGAAAAGUCGAGAUAUCAAGAAUGAGGUGGAGGUCAUGAAGAAGCUCAAUCAUCCGAACAUUGUGCGGAUAUUCGAUUGGAUAAACGUGACGAAAUGCUCAUAUAUGGUCAUCGAGUACGUCGGCGGCGGUGAGUUUUUCGCGAAAAUCGUCGAUCCGAAGUACAAUCGAAUGGGAUUGGGCGAGAGCCUCGGCAAAUACUACGCCUAUCAGCUGAUAAGCGCGAUUGCGUAUCUGCACUCGUUGGACAUUAGCCAUCGCGACAUCAAACCGGAGAACAUUUUGUGCACGUCGAAACUUGAUCGAUGCAUAUUAAAGCUAACCGAUUUUGGGAUGGCGAAAUCAAAAGCGAGAAUGAAGACGAAGUGCGGCACGCCGUCGUACAACGCGCCGGAGAUUGUCGCCAACGAGGGACUCGAAUAUACGCCAAAAGUUGAUGUAUGGAGCCUUGGUUGUGUGUUGUUCAUCGCGUUUUGCGGCUAUCCGCCGUUUAGCGAGGAAUACGACGAUAUGCCGAUGGACGAUCAGGUCUUGAAAGGCCGCCUGAUUUUCCAUUCGCAUUGGAAACGAAUUAGUUUGGAGACGCAGCAGAUGAUCAAAUCGAUGCUGACGGUGAAUCCAUCAAAACGGCCGAGCUCACAAGAAUUGAUGAAUAGCAAAUGGAUGGAGUGCGCCGAAUCGCGGCACGCGAAACGCGAUGUGCUCAUGGAAAUGCAGCAGUCAUCGCAAAUAAUCGGCGAGAAGAAGAAGCGCCUUCAAUGA